AUGUUUAUUUGGAUGACAAUUCUUAUGACAAUCCGAUGGAUAUUGGAGGACUCCAGCAAUUAUUGUGUCAAUGCUAGUUAUAGUGGCUUAUCCAUCAAUAUUAGUAUCCUUAAUGAAGAUAUACUUAAAGCAAUAAAAAAGCUUAAGAACAAUCAAGUAGCGGGCGUCGAUCAGGUGCCAAGUUUUAUUAUUAAAGACUGUGCUUAUAUAUUCAUUGAACCACUAGCGUACAUUUUUAAUCUUAUUAAUCAGACCUCUUGUUUUCCCAGUAGAUGGAAAGAUGCUAAAAUUAUUCCAGUUUUUAAGGGGGGGAUCCCAAUAUAUUUUCAUAUAAAGUCUGUACUCAAUGAUUCUCAGCAGGGCUUCAUGAAGCACAGAUCAACACUAACAAAUAUGACUUAUUUUUCGCAAUCUAUUUCUGAGGCUCUAGAAAAUAAGAGUCAAAUAGAUGUUGUAUACGCAGAUUACUCUAAGGCGUUCGAUAAGGCGGAUAACAAAUGCUGUCAUCUUUCUGUUCAAACUAUUCAACAACCAGAUAAAUUGUACUGA